AUGGCGCCUUCCAACAGAGUGAACACACUGCGCUCGCUGAUCCAGCUCCUCGUGAACACCUCUGAGCUCAUCAUCAAGGAAUGGGAGGCGGAAGAGCAGCUCGACGAGGCUGCGAUCCCCACCAACAACAGCCUGCCCUCGCACGAGUUGUUCGAAGCGCGGCGCAUCAUGCGCGGGGCGUGUGGCGUGUGCAUGGAUAUGGUCGACGACCCCCGUGUCCGCCUGUUGGAGAUCUCGCUGUCCUACGGGAUGUCCCAGGCGCUUGAAACCACGGUUCGCGCAGGGGUGCCGGACGUACUGGCGGAGGCGGAGCCGCUUGACGGUGUGUCGGCCGUGGAACUCAGUCGACGGACGGGGGUCGACGAGCAGAAGCUUGUGAGAGUGAUGCGCUUGCUCUGCAGUGGCGGCAUCUACGACGAGGUCAAGCCCUUGCAGUUCACGAAUACGCGUUUCAGCAGCAUUCUUGCUGGAAAUCCGCCAGCGAAGGCCUACCAGUGUCUCUACGGCACCAGGUUGCUUGUUGGGGCCACGGAGCAUCUCCCCGCAACAUUGCUCGACCCGGAAGUGACGCGCUCCACGUCCGUCACAGAAUGCGCAUUUCAGAAAGCUUUCGGCCCACACCAAACACUGUGGGGCUACAUCGAGGAGGGAGACGAAGCCGACCCUGCUGUUCGGGAGGCCCGCGAAGUGUUUCCACUCGCGAUGGUAGGCCAAGGACAAAUGGGUUCGCCGUCGCUCAUCGCCGACUAUCCCUGGGGAUCGCUCGGUGAGGCCACCGUCGUGGACGUCGGCGGCGGCGUAGGCAGCAUGUGUAUCGAACUCGCAAAGUUGUUCCCCGACUUGCGCUUCGUGGUGGAAGACCUUACCGUCUCGAUCGACAAGGCAACGUCUAUUUGGAACGCUGAGGUCCCGGGGUCUAUCGAUGCUGGACGCGUGCAGCUUCUCAGACAUGACUUCUUCGAGGAACAGCCUGUCAAGGAUGCAGCGGUGUAUUUCCUGCGCUAUAUCAUGCACGACUGGCCGGAUGAUCAGUGUGUCACAAUCUUGAACAGGCUUCGGGAGGCCAUGGGCCCACACUCGCGCAUCCUCGUUGCGGAUAUGAUCAUCCAUCCUCCUCUGGGCUCAACGUACCUCAAACCAGCCCCGGCGCCGCUGCCCACGAAUUACGGCCGGGCGAACGCGUUCAAGGGGAUGCACGACAUGUGGAUGCUCUCCCUGUUCAAUGGCGGAGAGCGGACGCCUGAACAGCUAGGUGCCAUCGCAGCAAGAGCGGGUCUCAAGAUAGAGAAGAUAUGGGAGUGCCGGGGGCCCGUCGGCAUUACUGAGCUUCGACGGAUGUGA